AUGAGGCGGAGUGGGGAGUGGCAACCCCCAUCACCGCCACGAAAUGGCUGCUUUCACCACUUGUCCUUUCUCUUCACCCUGUUGUUGUUAUUGUUUGUGAUCCCGAAUGGUAGAGAAGACGUCCAAAUCAUGGCUCAGAACCCCUCAGCAGUAAACAACAAAAAGGAAGUGCCCGACAGGCGAACAUGCAUUCUUGACACCGUCCUCGACGCCAUCGGCUCCACCCCCUGCAUCCGACUCAAUCACGUGCCGAAGAAACACGGCGUGUGCUGCGAUGUGGUUGCAAAGUGUGAAUUCCUCAACCCCGGUGGCAGCGUCAAGGACCGCAUUGCUCGGCAAAUGAUUCUGGACGCAGAGGCGAGUGGCCGACUGCGCCCCAAUCAAACAAUUAUUGAGGCGACAAGUGGGAACACGGGCAUCGGGCUCAGUCUGGUGGCUGCGGUGAAGAAAUACCCCAUGAUCAUCACCAUGCCCAAAAAGAUGUCACAUGAGAAGGAGGUGACCCUCCAGGCCCUGGGAGCAGAGGUGAUUCGAACGGAGACCGCAUUGCCAUGGGAUCACCCGGAUAGUCUCAUUGGCAUGGCUCGGCGUCUGGAGAAGGAGAAGGGCUACGUGUUGCUGGACCAGUACCGGAACCCAAGCAAUCCGAAGGCGCACUACGAAGGCACGGCUCAGGAGAUUUACGAUCAGUGCGGUGGAAAGGUUGAAAUGGCGGUGUUCACCACUGGGACGGGCGGCACAAUGGCCGGAGUGGCAAAACGAUUAAAGGAAUUGCUGCCCAACAUUGUCAUUGUCGGCGUCGAUCCGUACGGGAGCAUUUUGGCCGAUCCCUCGGUACCGCUGGAUCCGAAGCCGUACCUCGUUGAGGGCAUCGGGUACGAUUUUGUGCCAGAUGUCUGCGAACGGAAGUACGUUGAUCGGUGGGUGAAGUCCGCUGACAAGGAAAGCUUUGCGCUGGCGUCGGAGGUUCACCGCGAAGAGGCGCUCCUCGUCGGAGGGAGCAGUGGUGCCGCCAUGUGGGGUGUGCUGCAGGCAGCGAAAGAUCUUCGUCCUGACCAGCGGUGCGUUGUGGUAUUCCCGGAUGGCAUCCGCAACUACAUGACAAAGUUCCCGGACAAGAAUUGGCUGGUGGAGAACGGCCUGGAGGAGGGCGAAGUGACACGCCCAACCUACGGGUCGCUGGAGGCGCAGCUGGAAGAGGCAAAGAAAAAACUGUCGGAGUAUGAGGCGAAAUGCGGCGGCAGCGUGGAGGAGGGUAAACGUUGCUGUGAAAAAGCAAAGUAA